AUGCGAAUAAGAAAAGAGUUAGAAAGAUUUUGUGUAAUUCCAUUACUUAAAAUUAAUAAAAUAUCACUAUUAAGAACAAUAUCAAAUCGUAGUAAUAACAGUAUUAUCAGUAAUGGAAGAACAUCUAAUAAAAAACCUAAUAUUAUUAUUAAUUCAAUUAAUGGUGGAAAUAUAAUUUAUCCACCAUCACUAAAGCUUAUUACAAGAUCUUAUUCUUCUGCUACAAAUAAAUCAUCUUUUGAUAAGCGUAAUAUUUCCAGGCAAUUCACGUGGCAAAGUUUUGCAGUAUUCAUUGCGACUGGAAUUGGUUUAUUUUUUUAUUUCAAAUCCGAGAAAGAAAAAAUGGUACAAAAAAAGAAUGAAGCAAAAGAAAAUAGAAACAUUGGUAGUCCUAAAAUAGGUGGACCAUUUGAAUUAUUAAAUCAAGAUGGAAAAGUUGUUACUGAUAAAGAUUUUCUGGGAAAAUAUAUUUUGGUUUAUUUUGGUUUCACUCAUUGUCCUGACGUUUGUCCUGAAGAGUUAGAUAAAAUGACUGAAGUUACUGAUGCCAUUAGGAAUGAUCCAGAAUUAAAAGGGAAUGACAUAACACCUAUUUUCAUAUCAUGUGAUCCACAUCGUGAUACAGUUGAAGUUGUUCGGGAAUACCUUAAAGAUUUUCAUAAAGACAUGGUAGGCUUAACAGGAUCAUUUGAGAAUAUAUCCAAGGUGGCAAAAGCAUAUCGAGUCUACUUUAGUAAACCGCCAAAUGUUAAAGAAGGUGAACAAUACCUAGUUGAUCAUUCGAUAUUUUUUUAUUUGAUGAAUCCUAAUGGUGAAUUUGUUGAUGCUUAUGGUAAGAGUACGAGUGCUAAAGAGGUUUACAACAGUGUCAAAAAUCAUAUUAAAGAUUUUACAAAUUCAAGUACACCUAUUCCAAAUGCUAACGCUUGCAAACUUAGAAUUAAUGCAACACAAGUAACUAAUUUUUUUGACAAAAAAACCUCUAAUGUCAGAAGAAAAUUAUGUCAUGGUUUAAACAAUGAAAGAACAAAAAUUUAUUUUAGACAUGUAGCAGGAAUAACAUCAUAUGGAGGUGCACCACCAGUUGAAGAUGUUACAAAAGAAUUAUUUCCCAAAAAAAUUAGAAUAAAUUGA